GGGAGGAAACGCAACGCGUGCUAUACGGGCUAUUAGAAAGUGUAAUGUUUAUUGUGCGAUGCUGUCAGUGGGCAAGCCCGUGUCGCUAGUCCAGCAGAAGAAGCAACAGUGGGCCCAGGAGAGAGAGGAGAUGUCACACCUUUAUCUACCGUGGGGUUCUGGCGAGCGUUACACUAGUCGUUUGCAAGUACGAAACCAAUUUGCAAGUUCUCUUGAAUUGCACAAGCAAUCCUCAUACGAAUAUCAAGAGCCGAUACAGCGGCAGAGAAGUCCAAGCCUACCUCCUAUACACAAUGUCGAUCUCAAUAAAUCACUAGAAGAUAAAAGACACAAGGAAGUUUUAAAUAGAAACCUGUCCAGCGCUAAAAGAUUUGCUUUUUACGACGAAGAUGCAGAAGGUGAUACUUCAGGAUAUGGCAGUGAAACUCUAAACAUCAAGAACCAGUGCGAGUCGUUCCACGGCGCACCCCUUCACCUUAGAAACAAUAACAUUGUCGCCUGGCAAGAAAAUGGAAAAGAUAACAGGAAACAACAUUCAAGCGGGCGGUCAGGUAUGACGGACGGUGCUUUAUCCGCGCGGAGCACAUCCGGCCCUGAGGAGGGACGGCCGCGAUGGGGGGACAGGGGCGUCGCUACCGGCAGGCUGUGGGAACCCACUGCCCCCACCGCUAGACUGCCUCAGAUGCCAAAUCAAAAGAAGGGUACACCGUCAUGGGUCGAACGUGGCCUGAACAUGAUCGAUAGCGCGUCUGAUGUUCUCGUCAUUGACCAAGGAAGUUCUACUAAUUCGGGGUUGGAUUGCGAUCGAUCAUCCUAUAAUGGAAGCGAUGAGGGCAGAACAUUUCUAAGAGGACAAAAUGCUCCAUUAGAGCCCGAAAUUAAAGCUCAAAGAGAAAAUAAGCGAAUAAAAGCCUUAGAGUUACAAUCUGCUAUACUAAGUCAAUUAGAGGAACGAGAGAGAUUCCGACAGGAAGAAAGGGAAAAAAAGUUAAGGGAAGAGCGUAUUGAAGAAUUAAGAAUUCAAAAGCAACAGGAAGAAGACAGGCUUAGACUUGAAGAAGAAAAAAGAAGAAGCAAAGAAAAACAACUCUUUGAGCAACGCAAAUUGGAAACCCUAAAAAGAGCUCUUGAAGAUGCGGAAAAAAAAGCAAGGCAGGAUAAAGAGAAGAAAUUUAAUUUUCAUAGACAAACAGCUUUAUUAGUUAAUGAAUCGAUCGGUCAAGAAAAAUUGAAUGACAUCGUUACAUGCGACACAACACAGUUGAGUCCCACAAAAACUUCUAGUCCGUCUAAAACUCAUAGAACCUACAAUGUUCAGUCAGCGACAAGUCAAAAGGAAAAUAACUCCCAACAAACUUCGGCUUUUAAUUCACCUAGGUCUUUAGCAGCUAGUAAUUUAAAUUUGUUUAUCCAUAAUGUGCCACCUCUUACUCUAACGGAUAAUCAAUUUAAUAUAGUGCCAAUUGGUAUUACCAGUGCUACUGAGAUAGUGAAUGGCCAGUCAAAUAAUAUACAACUAGCAGUAUUGGUACCACAAACUAAGAAUGUAUACAGUAUGUCAUUAAAUUCUAUUGACAAUAUUCAUGAAUUAGGAGAAAUUCAGAAAAUACUUACGCCUAGUAAAUAUCGUUCUCUUAGAACAAAGAAUGCAUGUACACAGACCGAUACAGACUUUGUUUGUAAAUCGUUUUACGAAAGAGUAGAAAAAGAAGAAAUUGAAAGAACGAUUGAUAGGCAUUACCCAAAUAUAGAUGAAAAUGCACCUCAGGACCAUCGGAGUACCAUAAAAAAAGACCGACGUUUAAGGUCGGAAGAAAGGUACAAAAAGGAUAUAGAAAGUCGUCCUAAGUGGGGCGCAAACCGACCUGUGGCACAAUAUAAAAAACAAAGUGAAAAAGAUCCAUUCUAUACACAAAAAAGAAAAAUACGUCAAAAACACCGACCACACGUACGGCAAUACAUUUCUCAAUCUAGUGAUGACAGUCGGUCUCCUAGUCCACAAACUAGAAGUGAAAAAUCUAACAACAACGUAAAUCAAAGGCACUCAUUAAGUCAAUCUUAUUGGAGGAAUAAGAGAUGUAGUCUAGAUUACUCAGCAAAUAAUACAUGUGAAAUAGCUAAUAAUACAGUUCCUGAAUUUACAUCUUCAGCUCAAAUAACAGGUGUCGUUAAAAUAGAACAAAAGAAAUCUCCCAAAGUAUCUCCAUCGAAAAGGCUUACUUUGUCUCAAAAGUUUAUUAAUGACAAAUAUGGCAGCCGAAAGAUAUGGACAGAUGAUGUAAAUGACCGAUCUUCUAAAUAUUGUUUGAGUGAUCUAGAUAACCCGAGAAGAAACAGUGAUAAAAUGAGUAUACUAACUCGUAAAAAAGAUAUCAAUGAAAAAUCUGAACCCCAAGAAAAUUCCAUGUCGAAGUUGAAACUUUGAAAUAUAAAUAUAAAACACUUAUUUAUAA